CGCAAUUGGACGCCCCAGCAAGGAUGCAAAUUACAAUCCAGGAACCAAGCCUUCGCCAUAGUAACAUUCCUAAUUUUGCUUCCCUGAUCCUUAUCAAAACACAGACGGAACAUCAGCCGGAGCUGCGGCCCAUUGCCAAACACCAGUGUACACAAGUGAGCAUUUGCACUGGAUUUAGCCUGUGCGACCGGAGACUCGCAGGGGAGAGGAUGGCAGAGGGAGGUUUUGACCCCUGUGAGUGCAUCUGCUCUCAUGAACAUGCCAUGAGGAGACUUCUCAACCUGCUGAGACAGUCCCAGUCCUACUGUACAGACACAGAGUGCCUUCAGGAGAUGCCAGGCCCCAACUCCUCAGUAGAAGGGGACAUCACUCUGCCCAUGAUUAUUAUGGGAUGGAUAGUUCUAGCUCUCGUGCUCUUUCUGUUCCGCCCAGCCAGCUUGAGGGGCCCUUCAACCAGCAGCAAGCCCUCCAGUCCUCAUGGCAAUCAUGGCAGAGAGCCACCAGCACCUCCAGUGGACUAGAGGUUUAACCCUGCACAAAAGAUUUGAUCUUUUAAUCCAGCUUCCACCUGAUCAGCUACUGUGACCAGUAUAACUUAUUACUUUCCUUAAUCAUCUCUGUCAGUAUUUCUGAUUCCAAAUUCUUUAGACCAAUAUCGAGAGGGUGAUCUACACCGAUACUUGGAUAACAAGGUGUUUCUAUAAUGUGAGUUGCUUUUCAAAAGAGGAAGCAAAAAAAAGAAAGUUGGUGAAGAUGCUGAAUUGUUAGAGUUUGAUGAUUUCCAGGUUUAUAUAGCUCAGUCUUCAAUUUCUUACUUCUUCUAUUUUUAUUAUAAAGCAUUAUUAGGUAUUUAGCAAGUUGUUUAAAUGACAUAUAGGCAUAUAUAAUGACACUUACCCUAGAUCAGCCUAAAUAUAAAUUGCAAUCUAGAGUAAAGGUUACCUAGUUAUCGAGUGUUGUCAAGAGAUUUGGGUUAUUUUCGAGUAGACUGAGGUGGAGAGGAUAAUAUUUCUUGUGUCCUUUGGUAGCUUAUACAUUCCAAAGCUAUGAUGACUUCACAGACAUGAUGUCAUAGGUCCAUGUAGGAGCGUGAGCCUUGACUCUGCAUUGGGUCAUUCUGAAUACUGACGUACUUAAAAUGAUUCACACAUUUGGGGCUGACCAAGACCGCUUCUUAAAAGUCAAAAUUUUGUGCAAGAGAAAAUUAUAAAAAGGGCGUAUUCCAGUAUUUACUUGGCUCUUAUUACUGUAGUCAUGGCUGUGUGAAUGUUGUCAUGGUCUGAGGUCUGUUGACCACAAAGAGAGAGCUGAUCUAAAGCAGACCUCUCCACCCUGAUGACUAUGAGUCUAUGUAUCCUUCAUGUAUAAAAAUCAUUAGUGCAACUGCUAGUAUAGACAGUUAAAUGCCAUUCUGAAUAGAGUUUUGUUGAGUUUGCUCAGGAAUCAUUAUGUAGCUAUACUUACUAGAACAGUUAUUCAAAUGGUAUGGGGAAUCUGCCAAAUUUCAGUGAUGAAAAUCUAAAAACAAUUUUAUCUUUCAAAAUAAGAUUUAAAUGGGUUACUGUGGACUUUUGGUUAUAUUUGUUAAGAGCAAAAUUCCCUUUUAAGCUUAAAGGUAAAUCUACCAACUGUAGCACUUUGGUUUUGGCAACUUUACAUGUGUACAGAAAGCAAAGCUCCAGAAAAACACCAAAGAUAGGAUGUUAAUCUGCUCCAUUUCAAUUGUGGUGUAACUUACUGAGAAACUUUCCUGUCUCUUCAGUUCUGUGAAAAUGUUAGAAUGUCUUAAUGACACAAAAGUCAAUUUGCUUAAUUGGACGGACUAAUGAUUUCUUGUAGGUUCAGUUAAGGUGGUGGUGUGGAUUUUAGGGCAUGUAAAUUGAAUUCUGUCUACAUACACUGUUCCAAUGAAACUGCUCUGUGUGAAAGGGCUUGAUCUAUGCACUUUUGGUUACUUAAAAUAAAUAUGAACAAUAACAUCA